AAAGAAAUAAAAGAAAUAAAAGAAAACCCCGAUUUUUGGGGGACUCCCUUUCUCUCCUCCUUUCUCCCUCGACACUCUCACUCCAUCGCCGAUACUCCCUCUCUCCGUCUCUCUCUUCAUCGAUCAGAGCUCUACGUUGCCCUGACGGACUUCUCUUCUUUUUGUCGAUUUCCAUCAUCACCCCCAACAUCCAGAAAGUUCGAAUCGAUUCAACCUUCUCUCGAUCCGCCAUCGCCAUUUUCAAGAAAGAGAUAGAGAACCGCAAAAUUGGUGUAAUGGCGGAGGAUAAAGCCGUAGGAGGAGAAGGCGACAAGAAGGACGCCGCGGCGGCGGCAGCGCCUGCGGUUGCGAAGAAGAAGCGCCAGGGAAUUUUCUCCAGAAUGUUCAGUGGGAUCUUCCGAUUACACCGCGACGAUUUCGAGAAGCGGCUUCAGUACAUUUCGAAAGAGGAAGCCACUGUCCUCGCUAGAAUGCAGAGGCGGACCAUUACUUGGAGGCGCAUGACCAGACAUCUCAUUCUCUUCUCCGUCUUCUUUGAGGUUAUUGCAAUUUUUUAUGCUAUAGUAACGACGAGAGCGACGGAUUUAGAUUGGAAGAUGAGGACAUUUCGUAUUCUGCCCAUGUUUCUUUUGCCUGCUAUAUCUUCUGUUUCGUAUUCAGCAUUUGCCAGCUUCACAAAGAUGCGUGAUCGCAAGGACACCAAAACCCUGGAAAGGCUUCGAGCUGAAAGGCAAGCAAAAAUUGAUGAACUUAAAGAGAGGACAAACUAUUACACUACUCAACAACUUAUUCAGAGAUAUGAUCCUGACCCAGCAGCAAAGGCAGCUGCUGCAACUGUCCUGGCAUCUAAGUUGAGUAUGGAUUCAGGUAUGAAAUUUUAUGUGGGUGAUGAAUCUAAGGGUAAUGCCUCAGCAGGGAAAAGCCAUGAUGUUGAUCUUGUCCACUCUGGUGAACUUCGAAACCGUAAACCAGUACACACCAGAUCGAAUAGUACCGGGAGUGUCCCGCUGAAUCCUCUUGAAGAAGAGACACCUCGUUCUGCAAGGUCUGAUGGUCAGACUUCUGAGUAUAAUCAGCUAGUCGUUAGUCAUCAUAAUCCUCAAGGACCAUCUCCACAGGAUGGAGGAUGGAUUGCUCGGAUUGCAGCAUUACUUGUGGGUGAGGAUCCAACACAGUCUUAUGCGCUCAUAUGCGGCAACUGUCAUAUGCACAACGGGCUUGCUAAGAAGGAAGAUUUCCCUUACAUCACUUAUUUUUGCCCGCACUGCCACGCCUUAAAUCAGCCAAAACAUUUGGAAGGGCAUACUUCUGGUUCUAACACCCCUAUGACCCCUAGUUUGGACAAUUCAAGAACAGGGGUCAGCAGUGGGCCAACAAAGCAAGCCAGUGAUUCUCUGGACGACAGUGCAAUCUCAAGUGCCAGCCCGGUCAGAGCUGGUUCAGAGAUUGAGGAAGCAACUGAACGGCCUGCGUUGGCCGAUACAAUUAGUGAAGAAAAACGUGAGUAGGGUUAAGAUGUUCGUUUCUUCGAUUCCCCUUGCUUGUAGGUAUGGGGCUCAUAUUCUGCUGGAUGGAUUUGUGUGUUUGCCUAUAUAUGCUUGGUCGUGUUACUCAGUGUACAAGAAAAUGUUACAGAUGCCUUACCGAGAAACUUUCCGGGCUUAAUGGUGAUGGAAUAUGCAGAUUGGUUGUAAUUUCGGGGCUUUAUGAUCAUAGAAUACGCGGGUUGAUUGUAAUUUUGUGCGUCUUUGAGCUUUUGUUUUACUAUUUUCUUAUCAGGUUCAAUUGUUGGAGCUGGUAUACAGUUAGGGUUCAAAUACCUUGUACAAAUUAAAACUUUACUGCUGUAGUAUUACAAGUGAUGUGUAAAAAAAAGAUAAACCAACAUACAUGGUAUACGUAUUUCAAGAUAACGUUCCAA